AUGGCCGACUUCAACGAGACCAGAUCUCCCCUGACCAACGACAACACAUGCGUCGCGAAAAUUCCUAGUAAACAUGGUGGGAUCGGAGCGGGUGCGCGACAGCUCCUUGACGUGGCCGGCGGCGAGGAAGUAGUAGAGAAUGAGGGCCGAGACGCGGUGGAUGGCCUUGGAGCCGCCCGUGUCGUCGCCGACAUCGCAAAAGGGGGCAUGGAAGGCGACGGUGCUGGUGCUGUUGACCGACUGCAGCUCGUUGCUGCCGUCGUCGAGCUCGGUAAUGCGGUAGAAGCUGACCUCAGCCUCGUCCUCGUGCACGUGGGCAGUAACGCGAUCAAUGGGCUCGUCAUCGUCGCCCGCAGGACCUGGGGCAUAGCCGCCGAUGACGAGCAGCUGCUUGUGGGUAGAGCGGCCGAGCGAGCGCCAGAUGGCCCUGCUGAUGGCGGGCGGCGCGCGAUCAAGCGCGAGCGCGAAGACGACUACCCCAACAUGCCGGCUUCCGCAAUCCGCCCGAAGAAGCAUCCGCGUCGCACCCUAAGCGAGCAGAUCGUGGUGCCCUCCAAACUCCAGGAAUCGGCAUCAAUAGCAUCAGGAACCAUUCUCAGUCCCCGCAGCCCCGCCCCCGAGCGCGUCAAUCGCGCCCUGACGGAUCGAAUCAACCAUCUCAAGGAUGAAAACGCCGGCCUCAAAGCUUCGGUCAAUGGCCUCGAAUCGGAGAAGAACGACCUCCAGCAACGCAUGGCCAGAGAUUCUCAUGCCUAUCGCGGUCUACAGAUGGAAUCAGAUGCCCUGAAGCGCGACGUACAAGGCAUGAAGCGCGACAUGAGCGCAAUGAAAGAGCGCCUCGAAAGCGUCGAAUCAUCAGGCGAGAAGAUGCGCCUCCAAGUAGAUCGACUAAUGCUUCUCGAAACAGCCAGCAAAGAGCUACGCAAAGAGCUCAAGGCAGAAAUAGAUGGUUUAAGAGGAAGAGUAGAACGAAGUGAAAAGGAAGCCGAGCACGCCAAAGAAGAGCUACUUGCUGUCCGGCGAGGAUUGACCAAAGAGCUGGGUGAAGCCGUUAAGAAAUGGGGCGCAUAA